AUGCUGGGUCGAGGACUGCGGCUGACGGGAGCGAGACGCGGGUUCGCUGCCGCGGCUGUCGUCCAGGUAUCGCAUUAUUAUUUUCUACCUUCUUUUUUGUUCUUGUUUUUCUGACAAGGGCUGUGUGCGCGGUGAACAUCGAGUUAGGAAUUGAGGCUUAUAUGGUAGAUGAACCUAAGGGAGAGUGCUCCAAAACGAAAGAGAAAAUCUGCUAAGCGCCAUAGGGUACCGAGAAAAAGCUCGUCAAAGUUUUGCCGCCACGUAUAUCCCCGCGCUCGGAGCGCUGAGCCAGCAACUGGGAGCGUGGUGAAGUGGCAGUGUUCUUGAAUGGCGCUGACGCUAUGCUAGGUUCGAUUCCUUUUGACGUCAAACUUUUUUUGCUCUUGUUUAUUCAAUUCUUCUGCAAUCUAUCAUCAAACAAAAAUAGCAAAAAAAGUUUAAAUUGAAGGAUUUGAUUGAAAUUUGGGAAAGAAGAAACGAGAAAGCACAAAAAAAACUUUUUUUGCGUCAAAUUUAGCUUUUCCAUGGAAAACUUCUAAAAAAUCGUCCAAAUAAUAGAUGCUUGGGCGGCUUCUCGAGAUGAUAGCUCAAUAAAAUACAAUAAAAGGUUGUAUACCUCGUGUAAAAAAUUUAUAAUUGUGAAUAAUAAGACACCUGACUCCUCUGGCCUCAUUCAACCACUUUAUAUGUUUUUUUUAUUUUUACUCUUGGGAAAUCUUUCAUCGCAAAAAUUCCACCGACUCUAUUUUCCCUUUUUUGAAGCCCCUCUCAUACCAAAAGGUUAGUUCUAUUGUUCACCGAAAUUUUUGAAAUUUCAUAAAGAAUGCGAAAUUACAUUGACAGGUCUCCCUGUGUUUCGGGCUCGUACUCGUACCUGGUUUCUUUUUUUUUUCACGAGUGAUCUUUCACUUAUAUUUUUGUUUCGAUCCCAUCGUGUUGUGAUCUCGAAAGCCAUGAACCAAUUAUUAGAACUUUUUCAAACUUUUUUUGCUGUUUUUGUUUGAUGAUAGAGUGUAGAAGAAUUGAAUAAACAAGAGCAAAAAAAGUUUGACGUCAAAAGGAAUCGAACCUAGCAUAGCGUCAGCGCCAUUCAAGAACCCUGCCACUUCACCACGCUCCCAGUUGCUGGUCGAGCACUCCGAGCGCGGGCAUAUACUUGGCGGCAAAACUUUGACGAGCUUUUUCUCGGUACCCUAUGGCGCUUAGCAGAUUUUCUCUUUCGUUUUGGAGCGCUCUCCCCUAGGACCAUCUACCAUAUAAGCCUCAAUUCCUAACUCGAUGUUCACCGCGCACACAGCCCUUGUGAGAAAGAUACUGGGUUUUGACACUUCGAUUUCUAGGUGGCUACCAGCUCUGAAAUUUAUGAUAGGUUAAAUUCAAAGCGUGGUCAGAGGAUGAGGAAAAGCUCAAAUCGUUUAAUUCAGAAGGCAAAUUUAGAAUUUAAAAAAAAACGAUGACGGCAUCGAAGAAAUCGUGAGAAACUGACCUUUUUAAAAAAAAAAGUUAUGAGCCGUAGCUUCCAAGUUUCAGUGCGAAAAAAAAUUGUUCAGAGUUUGAUUUUUGAAAAAAAUGAUUCUUAUUAAUUUUUCGUCUUUUGGAAAAGAGUAUUUUUAUUUCGAACUAAGCGACUUUUUUUCGUUAUUUAUUUAUCCUUAAGAAUCAACAAGGUGCUGCUGCUCCAAUUCCUGCUUCUUUCAGCAAUAGCGACAGGAAACCAAUCAGAAAGUAUCAGGUAUAUAUUACAAUUUCUCUGCUUUCCGAAGAUCAAAAUAAUUUUGAAUCUGCAGAAUGGCCCGCAAAUGUCAGUUGAACAACUGAAACUGCAGAAAAAGUACGGCGAAUCGUUUCAAAAAUCCAAUUUCGAAAAUCUGCAUGACGCUGUUGAAUUGUGAGAAUUUCCCCAUUGUUUGCUGUUUGAUUCUGAAAUUCAGUAUUGAAUAUCGAGGCCAAAUCCACACGUAUGUUAUGGAAAAGAUUGGAAGGUUACUUGGGGAGGCGUCGAAAAGCAGUUUGAGCGAUCGGUGAGCAAUCUUUUUCGGAAUCUAUUUUCUAAGGCCAAAUAUUUAUAACAACUAUCGGAGUUGUUUUCAAAUUCUGCAUUAGUUAGAGAACUCCUACAAGAAAUGGAAAAUGAGGAGUUCAGAAAAAAAUGAUAAUAAUCUUCUCUCUCAAUAAUCUUAACUUGAGAAAAAUUAAAAGGAAAAAAUAUUUUUGAGAGUAAAAAGAAAUUCAUAUGAGCAAGAAUUAAUUCAAAUGCGGCAAUAUCUAAGAGGGGAUGAACAGCAACAAAAAUUCGCCUCCCAACGUAAGGUACAGUGCAGGAGCUAAAUGCCCGAGGCAGCGAAAGCCGGUGCGAGUCGGGCGCGCGAAUUAAGUGGGUCCCGUGCCGGUCAUUUCACGCCAGAAAUGGACCGGUAUCAGGGUUUCGAGCUUCGGCAUGUCUUGCUUUUCAUAGACAUUCUGGAAGAAGUGAGCCGAAUGAUACCAGAUCCUGGUCCAAUCAUUCGAUACGUCGAAGCGGCUCUCAGAAUUGUCGAGAGAGAUGCCCAGAACCGGGCCGACUGAGUCUCCAUUUUUGCAGCCUUGAAAAGGCUUCCCAACGGCCCUCUUUAGGGCCAAAAUAAGAAAUACGUGAAAGAUGUAGAGAUUAGAGAAUAAAAGAAAAAUUCAAUUAGAAGGAUUCUUUCAAGCUCCAUCGGCUUCUCAUGUUCGAUCUCGGCAUUAUAACUCAUCGUGUAGCAUGUACGUUUCAGUCAGCUGGCCGUUUUGCUGUCCGCUUAUGGCUCCGCUUGUGACACGUGUUCCCGUUCAAAAAGAGACGAAGCCUUGACAUCGGCUUUGAAAACUUUACAGCAACAAGGUGAUGGAAAACCCGAAAAUUUAUUGGUAAAAAGUUAUGUGUUCUGUCGGAGACGCAAAAAUAAAACUAUUCCAGCACACCGUUUUUUUAGAAUAUCCUUCAAGUACAAAAGCAUUUGGAAGGUUGUUAACUAAGAUUUCGCAUAACUUUAAAAGUACUGCAUUUAAUAAGGUUUCGAAAAAGUUGGAAGGCUAGUACGCUCGAUACCCCAAAAUGAUUAAAAGGUGAAAAAUUUUACGUUUCAUACUUUUUUUGUUCAGAAAUUCAACUCGGAAUCGCAUCGCGGAACGCUGUUUUGGCGGCAAGAUUGGCCAACAAUUCCAAAUCGCUGAAUGUGGUGAAUGAACUUCGCGACAUGGAAAAAGCGGGACUCGAGCCGAAUGAAGAAUCUUUUGGCCUUUUUGCGGAUGUCUAUGCGAGAGAGGGCAAUGUCAAGGCUAUCGCGUGAGUUUUUUCUCAAUUUUUUUCCCAUUCGAGGAAAAAAAAAUCUCGUGUUCUCGUGUUCAAAGUGAUUACCGCGAAAUUUUAUAACAGUGUCCAUGACUCUCCUAAAUUCAGUCUUCUUUUUAACUCUCUGACGGCUAUUCUGAAUUUCGCGAAAAUAAUGUGAAAGUGUUAUUAUAUUACAAUUUUCGAACUUCAUUCAUACACGUUCGGACUGUUGAACAUAUCUUCGAGUAUUCCGACUUGAAUGAAUAAUUUUCCAGGGAUCUCAUCACGCACAUGAGGGAAUCUGGCCUGACGGUCGGCGAGGAUCACAUUGUUCCCAUGGUUUUCGCCUUGGCCAAGUUGGGAAACGAUUCUCAGACGAAUGCGGUCAUUGAGGUUGUUCCUUGUUCGCAAACCGAAACUAUCGAUUUUUUUUCGAACUGAAUUUUAAACGGUUUCUAAAAUUAUCUUUUAAGCUCACGGAAUUUUAAAAGUUUACUUGGAGAGGAAAAUAUCAAUUAUUCUGCUUUUAUCACAAAGGUGACUGAACCUGGGUCCAGUCUCUCCACUCUGCCACGUUGAAAACCUCAAAAGGGAGCUCCCCAGCAAAAUGCACUUGUAACAGCGCGAAAAAAGCUACAGAAGAAAAAGUAUUCUAUGUGCGGAUUCGCGCUCUUUUCAUUUAAUGAAUAAUCGCUUUUGAAACUCAAGCGUUGGUAACAAAAACCAGACGCGCUCCGGACGUUUCUGAGCGAUUCUAAGGAUCGCUUAACAGGGCUGACGCUACUUAAGUGGUCACUAGAAAGCCCCGACACGUCCGAUGCGCGUCCGGUUCGCGUUACUAAAGUCCGAGAAGUAAGUCGCCUCUCUCUUGAAGAAUAAGAAUUUUCGAAAGUUGGCUUUCACCCUAAUCUGUUGAAUCAAUAAUAUUUUGAGAGAUUUUCGGAAAAUUCCCAUUACAAGACAAAUUCCUUGUUAGCUGUUCCAAUUUCAUUCCUUUGUUUUUGUUAAGAAAUUCUCGUCGAAGAUGAACGUUGUUCGGCUGAGGUGUGCGGCUGCCCAGGCGGCGAUCGCCCGAGAAAGCGCCAAUCCCGGCCAUGGCGCAUUCGAGGCGAUUGAAUCCCUCAGAGCCAUUCCCACUACUGCCAAAGUCCUCACUGUAUGUUUCAGAAGCCUUUUAUGGGUAAUUUUAAGACGUUUUCAGUUGGAAAACAAUAAACAUGUCCUUAUGGUGCUCAUGGACCUCGUCGAGGCCGGAGAAACAAACGCCUUGCAGUUGGUAAAGAAUUUUUCUUUCCUCCCUCAAAUACAGAACAGAACGAAAGGAAAACGGAUGUCCAAAGUGAAACCGCGAACCUCAAAAUUGUUUCUGAUUUCCCGAAACCUUGUUGUCUUUCCCACUCCCUGGCGCUUAUUUUGAAUUCCAUGAAAUGACUUCAAACGCAGCAUGAGUUAUUGUCCUCAACUAGGAUGUGGAAUAAUCGAACCUUAUCCCACGACGUGGCCGAGAAAAGCCAGCAUAGUCAUCAAUUUGAACUUCAUCCUCUCUGAAAAACUUGAAUCAUCAUAUUAUUUGAAUGUGACAAGUCGGUUCUCAUUCAGUUAUCAGCCUACCUGAUGCUGUCGGAAGACGGGGAACAUCUGUCGGAACGGCAUUUCAAUCCGGCCGUCGUCGCUCGUUCCCGCUGCAUUUUGGCCGAAGGAAAGUCGAUGGAAGCCCUGGCUCUGUAUGCCACGAUCCAUCCCAACUUCAAGAACGAGUUGGAUCAAGAUCAUCAUAUCUGUCUCAGUAACUUUCUUCAGGUAUUUUGAGAGAGACCUCCGCGAGAAGCUGACCAAAGACAUUGCGACCCUUGAUCCACGGAAUUUCGACUAUUUCACGAAGAUUUUGAAGCUCGCUGAGAAGAAUGGCACAUUGGAGUGAGUUUUUUCGGGAAAAAAGGAUAUAGUUCCGUUCAUAAAAGCUUUUUUGGAUGUUCAAACGCGCAGGAGUGAAGAAAGAUUUUGAACGAAAGUUGAAAAAACAUUUUUUUUAGAGUGCUUUUUUUCAAUAGGAAAAAAAAAACAAUUAAAAUAGUAAUAAAUUGUCAAGACGUGCCCACAGUAAAAAUACGCAGUACUAUUUUUUUGAAAUUUCAGAAAGUUCAUUACCAUUUUCCAAAUGAAGCUAUUUUACUAGCAGUUAUCGAUUUUCCGCUUUUCAGAGACACUGACGCAUUCCUACUGGAAUCUGGUCUGGAAUCGGAAAGCUUUGAGAAAAUUUUCGUCUACGUAAAAUCUUCGCAGGCCUUGCGUAAGGUCAUUAUGCAAAAACCGCACCUGAAAGAAGCCGUCGCCAGGAAAUUAAGCCACAAAGUGGAUUUCCUACAAAAUAAUUGGAGACCAUCCAAGUUUUUACAGAUGAUCAGUGUUCCUUCCUCUUCAGCCCAAGCCGUUUAUUUAUCAGACAUUGUCAACGUUCUUUUUGCGCCGACAAGUGAGAAAUACGAGCGGAACACGAAUUUCUACAGGAUCCUUUUCAAGCUCGGAUCUAAUGGUGAGUGAAAGACCGGAAUUUUCCAACCCAGCCUAAACCCAAACGAUCAGGAUCUCGAAAAAAAAUAUUUGAGAAAAAGCAAAAAUUCAAAAUCCAAAUAGAAAAUGGUUAAAAAAUUUAUCAUGAAACUCGAAUAAUCAUAAAGAAAACCACCCUUUUUGAAGUCUUUGAAAACUCAAAACUUUCAAACUUUUCCUUCGAUCGCAUGUAGUCAAUUUACCUGUAGGUUGAAGAAAUACUAGAAAAACAUGUGUCAUUACAAAAAAAAAAAAAAAUGAAAGAAUGAGAAUUUUCAAACUGGAAAAAAAGUUUUAAAAAAAGAACUUUUUUUCUUUCGUAGGACGGUCUCACUUUAUAUAUGACCUACUGAAAGAUGAACUGUUUUGUCUGUGCGUCUCAAAAUCGCUUUGAUCUAUUUGGAAUGAUUCAAUGGUUCUUCCAGAAGCCCACACAGAGUUUUUUUUAUGUUUGAUUCGACUUCGUUUCCAACCGAAAUGCCGUGUUCAAAGUAAUUUCUGCGAAGUUCAAAAUUAUCUCUUACUUUCCCAAAAUUUAGUCACCUUUUUAUUCUCUGACGACUAUUUUCAUUCUGAGUUUUCCAGACGUCGUCCUUCCGCUGGAAACGAUUCCACUGAUCAACGACGGUUAUGUUCGACGGGAAUAUAUUACGGCUCUGCUCAGUCAGCUCCUCUACACGCAUAAAAGCGACCUCCUUGCCAUCGAUAAGAUCUCCAAAUUGUGUAGCAGGUAAGGUGGUUUCAUCGCAAAAAUUAGCUACUCUUUCAAUAUUCCUGCAACUUUUUCUAAAAAGUAAAAGUUUACAAUUUGAGUGUUCAUAAAAAUACGUAGAUUCCUCAGUCUUCAUAUGGUUUUUUUCUUACUGUAAAGUUUUCUGAACAUCGGUUUAUGUCUCUCACUUUUAAAUUCUUUCUGAUUGAAAAGUUUCUGGUUAAUCAAAGAGCUGAAAAGACACGAAUUUGAGGAUGUACUUCAUUUGAAUUCAGCUGCUCUGAAAGUUUAGAUAAAAGCGGAUAGAAGAAUUCUGGGACUUUUGUGCAUGUUUUAAGCUCAAAUUAUUCAGCCCAGUGGUCGAUGGGGCUCACGCCGUUCGACUUCACGACGCUCUUCUGAAAUUCCUUCUCUUCAAGAAGACUUCAGAACCCACGGCUUCUGAUAUAUCCGAUGGAAAGCGAGUUCAGAUCGUCGCCAAGAUCUUGUCCUUAGAUUUCACUGGUUCUAUUACCUAUGAAUUUUCAAUUUUUUUUUCAAUUUUAGUAAACGCAAAAAUGGAUUUCGGUGCGCAGAACCUGACCAGAUUCUUGGCCAAAGAUGCCAUCACUGAGCAGAUGGCGUCACGUUUGGUCAAGGCCUUGGAGAAUGAGGUCGGUUGGAGAGAAGCUGGAGCACCUUUCAGAGAAAAAUGCCACCUUUUUUGAACUAUUAAGCUUCUGUUUAAUUAUUCAGAAGAAAAUGGAUAAAAAUUCUGACUUCUCUCGAACUUAAUUUUUUUAUAUUCUUUUUUUCAACUCUUCAAAUCAAGGGUAAUUGAGCAGGCACUGGAACCCUUUUUGAGAUAACUUUCUAAUAUUUUUUUAAGCUUUAGGUUGUUUAUCAAUUCGAAUUUUGAGAUUAUAAAAUACUUUAACUACUCGAAAGGGUUUCCUAGAGUUCUUUUGAGAAUGAAAUGACAGCUUUUUCAACCUUUUUUUCUGCCGAUUCCUGGCGCAUUUAUAGAAUUAGAAGCCAAAAAAAUAAGGAAAAAGAUGGUAUUUCAUUUCAACUUUAUUUUGAAAAAAAGUAUCAUGAAAAUUUAGAACCGCGUCGGCUACACUCAAGCGGAGAUUCUGGAAGCUCGGAAAGUUUUGGCCGACCAGCCGGCCAAAGCGGCGUUAAUCAACCGCCUGAAGAAGAAUCAGACGAUGACCCGUUGGAAGGAGGCCGACUUCGAAGAACUUCUGACCGAGUUGAAACACUUGAAGUCGCUGGAAAACGUCAAGCUGGACGCUGUCGAAAAAUUGCAGGAGGUUAUCGUGAAGCGCGUCGUCGAGGAGAAGGUGGGAAUCAGAUGGGCUUUAGAGAUUUGCAAAAACAUGAUAUUAUGUAGAGUUCAAUGAGAAAGGUGAGCUUUGUGAAUUAUCCUAACUGAAAAAAAUAAACGGAACUACGAAAAAUGAUUUGAUCAUCUUCGCGGACCGUUAAGAACACACCCUGCAGCGAUGUGAGUCGGGCGCACCAAGUUACGGGGUCCCGUGCCGGUCAUUUCACGCCAGAAAUGGACCGGUAUCAGGGUUUCGAGCUUCGGCAUGUCUUGCUUUUCAUAGACAUUCUGGAAGAAGUGAGCCGAAUGAUACCAGAUCCUGGUCCAAUCAUUCGAUACGUCGAAGCGGCUCUCCGAAUAGUCGAGAGAGAGGCACAGAACCGGGCCGAUUGAGCCUCCAUUUUUGCAGCCUCGGAAAGGCUUCCCAACGGCCCUCUUUAGGGCGAAAAAAAGGUCGAAUAAAAUAUAGAAGAAAUCGAAGAAUAAAGGAAAGUCCUGAAGUAUUAGGCUCAGUAAAAUCACAAGUAACUCGUCUUGAAACAAAACAAAAUCUUAAGGCUUAACUUUUUCUAGAAAAGUAGAAAUGUCUCAAAUCUAUGUAACCUCGAUGAGCCGAUUUCAUUAACUACAUAGUUAUACCUAUGAAAAGUACAAUUAUUAACUUUUUUCAGUCUGACGACAUUGACGCGAUUGUCACCGUACUCGAAGCAACAGCAGAUUGGAGAACUGAAAUGUCGGAUAAAAAAUCAAAUUCGGAUGAAGCCGCGACAAAGAAAAGAAAUUAUUCGCCAUUUUUGAAAUCUUUGGUGCAAAACUUGGAAAGUUUGGCUCUGGUCAAAGCGUUGAGCAAUGAAGAUCCAGUACGAGCGGAUCGGAUUUGGAUGAUGAAGUGAGAACUUUAUUAAGACCCGUAGAUGUGUAUCAAAUAUAGAUGUCGAAUUAGGUCUCAAAAGUUGACAAUGAGGUGUUUGAAAAAAUGUGACUGUGAUAAGGUUGAAAAUUUAAUAUUUUGGUUCCCAUUUAAAAUGUUCCGCUCUUAUUCACCACCUGGCAAACUUUGAGAUGAAUAGAAACGAGAAUUCAAGUUCGAGGCAGCAUAACUUGUUUCGCAGACCUCUGGCAAUUUUUGAGAUCAGCUUACAAAAUUACGUUUUCAAAGUAUUAUUCAAAAGCUUCCUACUGAACUAUUAAAAUUGUCAGAACUCAACCUCUAUCUCCGGAUGCGUACCUUCUGUAUGCUUCCCGACUGUUCCUUUCCGAGGAAGUUUCCCGAGCCGACGAAGUUUGUGCGGAGUUGCGGACCACCGCCCAGCCGAUUCACAUUUCCAACCUUGAUAAGGUUGGUUCGGCUCGAAAUUCAAUCCAAUUUACGAAGUUUUUGCUCCACUUUGUCAUUUAAAUUCAAAAUUGAACAACUUCGCUAUAGUUUCAAUUUUGUUUUCACUGCUCCUUGUAUUCUUAUAAUUUCCGUCAGAAAGGCAGCUAAGCCCAGGCAAAUUUCGAAAGGCCAGAAACUGGUAGUAAAAAAUGGAGGCUGAAGAAAGGUCGCAAAAAAGGUUUCUUUAAUUAGAUUUAUAAGAGCCAGUAAAGAGGAGGCUAAAGAGAUUAAAAAAAGAGCUGAUGAAAUGGUUCAAAAAAGCAGCAUGAAUGAAAUUUUUUCCACUCGAACGGGAACUUUUUCGAAAUCUCUGAGCGCUUUUCCGAUUUGUCUAUCUAAAUUUUGCCAUAAAUUCUCUUCUAUUUGAAAGUUUCAGCUGGGAAGAAGGCUGAAGAAGGUCAAUCUUGAACGGCUCGAAGAGCUGUCUACGUACCUUGGCAAGAAGUUCCCGUUGGCGCCGAAGCAGACGAGAAGAAUCGCCGCCCAGGUCAAGUUGGAGCAGCUCAGUGAGCUCAUCAAGAAGUUAGUCUCUUUUUUUUCUGAUAAAUCAAUCAAUUUUCAUUCAUUUUUUGUGUGUUGAUGCACUAGGAUUUUAAUAAGAGCCUAUAAAGCACUGGAAAAAUAUUUUUCGCUUUUUCGAGUUCACCUUUUUUUUCACUCAGUCCUUACAUUCACGACUCGUGAACGUUCAUGCAUACGGAGGCGAAGUUUAUAUGGUUUUUCGGCGGGAGAUAAUUAACUUUGAGAACUUCUUACUUCUCACGCCACAGGACCUGACUUUCUGCAAGAAAAAAAUUGAUGAAUUUCAGUGUCCCCAGGUUCAUAACGUCCCCUCUAACUUUUUUGGCGUUUCUCCUCAAUAAAAACAAACUUCGUAGCGAAAAAAGGAUAUUGAUAGGGACGACCUCGACGCCGCCUUCAAGUUCGUCCUGCAAGAAACUCGCGUCGCUGGCCGAGCUUUUGGGCAAUUGCCACUGAUGACGGAGGCUAUAAGGAGGUAUAAUUAUUAACAUAUUGCCUUUUUCACAAAUUUUUUUCACAAUGAAACACGAGAAAGACAAAGUGGAUCAUGGAAGAAUUCGGGAAAAACAGCUGUUUGAAAAAAGUUGGUUUCCCUAGAAGUUAUCGGAAAAGAGAGAAAUUUUUCAAAUUACACUUCCACAACGUUUUCAGAUGACAAAAAAAUUAAUUAUUUUUCUUAUUGGGCUUUUUUUCCUCAUAAUAAGUCCAAACUUGUAUUCAGAGGGGACAAGAAACUCUUAGCUGAGAUUCACACGCUGGUCCGAAGUGUCCAUGACCAGGUUGUUGCAAAUUUCGACCUUGCCUACGCUUUCAUCAGUGCUGGACAUGUUCCUGAGGCCAGAUCACUUAUCGAGGUUCUCUAUUUCGAAAUUUGGUCAUUUAAAUAUUUUUUUAUUCUUCAGAGAAACAAUCUCGAUAUAGACGAGAAGGUCUUCCAUUAUUUCAUCACCUUGGCCUUGGCUUCGAAGAAUGUGAGUCGAGAGACGGAAUCGGUGAGAAGAGACGCCAGAGAAAGACAGACUUUUUAAUUUUUCUGGUGUCUCUUCAAGCUAUGGCCGAGCUACCUGUUCAACUCGUAUUUUAAAAAAUACUCGCUUUUUUUUCAAUCUUUUCGGAAAAUAGUACUCGAAAGUAAGAGUUGGUGAGAGAUUUAUGGCCCCUACCUUUCCCAUUUUUCUAGUCUCUUCAGGUUGCUGCUGAUCCACCUUCUCAGCCUCUUAUUUUGAAACAGAAAGUCUGAAUUAACUCGGAAACUUGGACAGUUACAGGCGGAAGUUCUUCACGGACUUUUCACGGUUUUCAACGGUCGAGCCUCCACAAUGCAACUCAAUUCCCUUUUGGAGUCCUUGACGCGACUUUAUUGUAAGGAUGACAUCUCAAAGAUGUUCUCAAUCACGAAGGAUUUCUUUCCAGAUAAUUCGGGAGAUAUGGAGCCGUUGAAUGGUCUGAUCCAGGAUAUUGAAUCGAGCUCGUUCCCGCUCAAGGGAAGCUUGAGAAAGUUCUUCGACGGAUUGAAAGUUGUGAGUUUCCUGAGAAAUGAUACCUGAGGUAGUCACUCUCUGAGCAACGAUUGAGUGGCUUCUUCACGGUUUUUUGUUGUUGUGAGUUCUAUGAAACGGUGGAAAAUGAAAAAAAAAACUUUGUAUGAAAUAUCGUUUUUUUGUUUUUUUAUUUUUCUUACUUGUAAACUUCUACAAAGAUCAGAACUAACGCACGAAAUAUUCAAAGAAAAACAACAAUUUCAAUCAACUUAACCUAGUAUUAUAGCCUAUAAUCAGAUAUCCGGAAGCAAAUUUAAGAACCAUUUCCUCUCACUGUAGCCAGGUUACGGUAACCUGGGUAUCUAAGGAACGAUAUUUUCAGAAGAGUACCAGUUUGUUGAGAUUACGAAAGGCACCUUCGGAAGAGGUAGAAAACAUGAAUCUCUCUAGCUUAUGGUGACCCAAAAUUGAAUAAGCUCGAAAAUUUCAUUAAUUUCAUAUAUUUUCCAGAAAUCUUCUGAAUUGGAACAAGAAGUGUGGUCUCGAUAAAAAAAAGUUACCGAGAAACUUGAAUUUUUCUUGUUUUUUCCGUGAUUUUCUCCCAUUUUCAACACAUAAACGGGCCUUUUUUCUCUCGUUAUCAAUGUUUUUUUCUUGUCAUAGAUUCUAGUUUAGUUGUCUAUAUUGUUUCUUUUUUUCUGUUGGAAAAUAUUGAUUGUUGUCUUUUUUUGUUAUUUUUCUGAAUUGAUUUCGACUAGGAAAACGAUAGCAUCCCAUUUUUCCCCUCAAUAAAAUAUUUUUAUUUCAAUCAACUUUCUCUCUUUUUGAAAAAAAGCCAGGUAAUCGUCCAGCAACAAGUACUAUGACAGAAAUUUUUUUCUGAAAUAAUUUUUUUCAGACUUUUUUUCAUGUGGGCGCCUCGGUUAUUUCAUAGAUUUUUUUCAGCAGGAAACUCUCGGUUGAACCGAAAAAAAGGUUUUUUUCAGAAUAUAAUAUUAAUAAAUGAAAAUGUUUUUCUUAUCACAGGAUUUGAAUGAGAUCCGGGAGAUUUUUCCGGUUGGCCAACACCGAUUUUUCCUGCCGCCAUCGGGAAGUUCGAAGAGAUCAAGUAGAACCUUGAUCUUUGUUUUAAAAAGUAGACCUUUUCGCAGGAAAUCCCAGGAUUUGCCACAUUCGGCUGUUCUGAAGAUGAGCAGCUUGGCCAUGGCGAAUAGUCAAGAAAAAUUGGCCAGGAGUUUGUUGGAAACUUCGAUUUCCGAUGUGCCCAAGGAAUAUCGACACGGUGAGACUUCAAAUCGAUCUAAUCUACCAGUUUUAUGUGAAAUGGGGAUCUUGAUAAAAUUAAUCAACUUAUCACUGAAGCUGUUGUUUGAUUGAAAUAUCGAUAGCUUUGUUUUUUAAAUAAGGAGUCGCUUUACUUCAAAUUAUUGUCUUUUAUUUUUUUUUAUGGAAGUUACUUGGUUCAAUACUAAUUUUGAGAUAUUUUAAUUUUUUCAGAAAGUUUUUUUCAUCUAUCUAAAAUUAAAAACAGUUUUUUUGAAAAAAAGUGGAAGUACUGAAUGGCGUUUGAAUUCUUUCUUAUUUUUUUGAACUAUUUUAACCAAAAAAAUGGAUAUUCAAGCUUCUAUCCUCUAUAUCGAGAAGAAAACAUAUUUAAGCUUUUGUGAAUAAUUCUCGAGGAAAUCUCGGACCGGACUAGAACUCUCCUCUUUUAGCCCGUUUCGUGGAGUUGAACGAGGAGCAAGUCUGCUCGGCAAUCCGGAGAGUUCUGAAGGCUCGAGGCGUCGAACUAGCGUGUCAAUUCUACGAUUUCUUGCGACUUCAGAGAUUCUGCGCCCAACGCGACGUCUUUUUGGAGAUCCUGGUCGGCGACGUCGUUCUUAAGUUAGUUUGUCUGAGGAAAACAGAUAUGGAUCAUGGAUGGAAGGCAUGA